AUGCCACCCGGUGUCUUCCUGGAUUUCUCUUUGCCUGGUGCUACUGCUUGCAGCUCACCGUCGCUCGCGGAUGUGCUUGCACCUGGAAUCAAGAGCAACAUAAUGAACCAGAUUACUUUCCCAACAAAUUUGCCUGGACUGUUAAGCCAUGGAUGCAGGAUGUCCGCUGUAAUGAAAAUGAAGCUAUCUACUUGGGAACCAGUCCAAAACUACUUCCAUGAUGCUACAUAUGCCUGGAUUUUUUAUAAAACGACAAACUUCCAUUCCGGAUUACCCUGGCCACAACAAAAGGACCCGAUUACCAAGUAUACCUCGCUCUUGAUCUUACCACAGUCAGCAAAUCCGAUCUUCAUGUCGUCGGAUAUUUUUGGAGCUGGUAAAAAAUCAUACCAAUAUGUGACUGGUGGGUUUAGGUUAUUCAAGAAUACGAUCUCGUGA